AUGGAUGGGAACAAAACAGGAAAGUAUAUACCACCACACAAACGAGCACAGCUCGCCAACGCAUCGCCAUCAGAUCCUCCAGUAGCAUCGAAAUUUGAAAAAUUCUUAUCCCCCUUUUAAAUUGGAACAAAAUAUCGAUAAAAUUACAAUUUUUAGUAAAUUUACCCCACCCCCUCUUAAGCAGAAAAAAAACUAUGUAAAUAGCUUUGACACCCAUUUAAUCUCACCAAAUAAAAAUUUGUCUAAAAGUGACUCGUUUUUGAAGGAGAGAGUAUUAUUGAAUAUUAUUUAAACAAAUUUGUGACUUGAAAUCGAUAAAUUUUAUAAAUUAACCUUCUUUAAGAGAAGCAAUUUUUUUUUCAAUUUAAUGGGGGAGUUACAAAACAGAAAUGAAUACGCCUCUAUAAAAGCAGAGAGUAACUGGGGUCGAAGAGACAGACGUAAUGGAUUUCUCGACGGCGAAGAUCUCAAGCAAGCAGAGCAGCUUUUCCAGCAAGAAAAGCAUGAAGGCAUUGACUUUGAAUCUUACGAAGACAUGCCAGUGGAAAUAAGCGAAUCUUCUUACUCAAUGUCAAAUUUUUCUGAUUGUCAAGUUCAUCCCACGCUGCUUGCAAAUGUUCGGAAAAUGGGCUACGAAAACCCAACACCAGUACAAAAAUAUGCAAUUCCUUGUUUAUUCGCAAGGAGAGAUUUGAUGGUCUGCGCACAGACUGGAUCAGGAAAGACAGCUUCAUAUUUAUUCCCGAUGGUUGCGAAAAUGUUGAACGAUGGACCACCAGAGCAGAGCAUGGGAAGAGGAUCUUAUCCAUUAGGCCUGAUUCUGGCGCCAACUCGUGAGCUAUCGAUACAAAUACAUGAAGAAGCCCUCAAGUUUUGCUAUAAAACAGGAAUUAAAGUUGCUGUUGUAUAUGGAGGUGCUGAUCCAAGAAGCCAGUCAAGAGAGCUAGAAAGGGGAGUCGAUAUUAUCGUAGCAACACCAGGAAGACUAAUCGAUUUCAUCAAUAGAGGGAAAGUGACUCUUUCAAUAGUUAAGUACGUCGUGCUUGAUGAAGCUGAUAGGAUGCUUGAUAUGGGUUUUGAACCACAAAUAAGAACAAUUUUAGAAUCCACCACAAAUCCAAGCAGGGAGACCACUAUGUGCUCUGCAACUUUUCCUCAACCAGCGCAGGAUUUAGCUUCACAGUUUAUGAAGGAGUACAUAUUUUUGUCUAUUGGGAAAGUUGGGUCGACGACAGAGAACAUUAUACAGACACUUUAUAAUGUGGAAGAGCAUGACAAGAAAGUAUUUCUUCAUGAUAAACUGCAAAGCUUGCAAGGACUGGUGCUUAUUUUUGUGGAAAUGAAGAGGACUGCAGACUAUUUAGAAGAUUAUUUGAUAGAAAGAGGGUACAGGUGCGGUUCUAUUCAUGGAGAUAAAGACCAACCACAGAGAGAAAAAGUUCUUACUCCUAAACAGUAUUAAUCAGAUGAUUUUUCAAAAUGGGAUAAUUUCUAUUAAAAAAGCACGCUGCAUAUUUUUUUUUAAAUAUAUGAAAUGGCGAGGGUAGAGAUUUUAAGUCAGGAAAAGUGCCAAUUCUAGUAGCAACUGAUGUGGCAGCUAGAGGACUAGACAUUCCAAACGUAACAAAUGUCAUUAAUUUUGAUACUCCAAAUGCAAUUGAAGAUUAUGUCCAUAGGAUUGGCAGAACUGGAAGGGUAGGGAAAGAAGGGCUAGCAAUCUCGUUCAUUAAUGAUAAAAGCAAGCCAAUUGUUAAAGACCUCUACAGCUUAUUGCUAGAAACUAAACAAAAUAUCCCUGAUUGGUUUGAUGAGAUGUACCAGAAAACUGUGAUCACCAAUCGAAGAUUUGACUAUGGAAGAAAUAGACCAUAUCGACAUAAUUGGAAUAGAUAA